UGAAAAUGGAAAGGAAGUUUAGCCCAGCUUGGCCAAGCCAGAUGGAUCAUGUAGAGUCGGUUGUGCACAGGAGAAAACAGGAGAAGAAUUUACUCUAGGAGAGCCUGAUCGGCAUCGUGGCUGAUUUAGAGAAGAGCUUAAGGAGGGUGGAGAUCUUGAUACCCACCCCAGGUCCAAAGAUAAAGAUACGCUCUUUCUUCUGCUGAACAGAAGACACCUAUACCCACUUGGUCCUAGGGCCAACCAGCUGAGAACUUACUAUGUAUACGAAGUAACUGACAAAGAAGGAUAUAGCGACUCAUCGUUGGAAAAUUGAACCAUAUCAGACAACAAUCCCAAAUUUAGAUCAAGAUCUUCUAGAAGGCCAUAUUCCAAGGAACGGAGACUAGAAAUUUCUCCGUGAUCAAGAGAGUCAGAUACAGAGGAGACUAAACAAGAGGUUCACGAUUUUAAUUACCAAAUAUCAAGUAACCUUCUAAGAAAUUAAUGCUUCUCAAGCUAACCAUAUAAGUCUUUCUGAAAGCUCGGAGCAGAGUUCUAUAACUCAACAAAGCACUCCAACAACAUCUAUAUGAAACACAAAAAGCCAUUAUUCCGAUGGUUCAUUAACGGACUCCUCACAAAAGGACUCCUCACAAAAGGAGAAAUUUGAUGUCCUGACUCCUGAUGACUUCUAACAAGCUUGAAAAUUCAGGGCCAAGCUUAGUUAAAUCCUUCAAAGUCGAUCUACCAGAGAAGUCACCUCUGGCCAUCUCUCUAAAUAACUAAAGAAGAGCCCUAAAAUUUCAUCCCUAGUACAAAGACAAUACAAAUUGUUGCAACCAAAGGCUGCAAGUAAACACUAGGGAUGAGUUUGUUAUAGAAGCCAACCAAGCUGUCUCUAGUUUAGAAUCUUCUGGUCCUCCUUAGGAUUCAUUCUCAAGAGACAUCUUAAUUGCUUUUAUGACAAAUCUCUACUCAAAUAAUUCUUUUACAAGUCA